UGUUUUUUCUUUCCUCCCCCGGACCCUUUCGGAGCAGCAGCAGCCGCCGCGGACGCGCCGGGGCUGAGCAGGGAGGAUGGUCGGGGGGCGCCUCCCGGGGCUGCUCUUCCUCUUGCACGCCGCGGCUCGCCUGGCUGCCGAGCAAGAAGUUGAAAAUCUCUCCGGGCUCUCCCCCAACCCCGAAAAGGACAUUUUCGUGGUGCGGGAAAACCGGACGACAUGUCUCAUGGCGGAAUUCGCCGCCAAGUUCAUCGUCCCCUACGACACGCAGGCCAGCAACCACGUGGAUCGGAUCACGGAACAAGCCGAUAUCCCGCUGUCGCGGGGCGCCGAGAUGAAGGGCAAGUGCAGCGCCAACGAGUCGGAGCUGGAGAUCUCCUGGCUGAAGCAAGCGUACACCCUCAAACUCUUCUUCCUGAAGGAGGGGCACAACACGUCCCGGGGGCAGGAGGCUUUCUGGAGGCUCAGCCGGAUCCAGUUCACCUACGACACCGCCGAGCGCACCUACUUCAAGGACGCCGUGAACCCUGGGAGGCACACGGCCAGCUCGCACCGGCUCUCCGCCCUGCUCACCCCGGCCGGGAAGUCCUACGAGUGCCAGGCGCAGCAGGCCAUCGCCCUCGUCUCCAGCGACCGCCAGAAGCCCGUCCAGCUCUUGCUGUCGGAAGUGCGUGUCCAGCCCUUCGACAUCACCGCGGAUUUUGUCUUCAGUGAAGAACACAAGUGCCCGGUGGACCAGAGGGAGCAGUUAGAAGAAACCCUGCCUCUGAUUUUGGGCCUGAUACUGGGGUUGGUUAUCGUGAUAACCCUCUGCGUUUACCAUAUCCACCACAAGCUGACGGCCAACCAAGUGCAGAUUCCUCGGGACAGAUCUCAGUACAAACACAUGGGAUAGGGGACAGCAUCGAGCAGCCCAAACAUUUAUCAGGUAGAAAAAGCAAAAGCACUUUUUUAAGGGUGAGGAAUGGUUAUGGGGGGGCGAGAGAUGGUAUUCACAACACCUCAUUGGGGAUAUUUCCUGGGGACACACAAGGUUAGGCUUUAGUACAGUCAGUGCAGAGGCACAGCUGGCUCUGGGAAGACUCAGCAUCCCAUUUUAGGAGUCUGCCUGUGGCAGUGGGUGAUAUGAAUACCUUCUUCAGCAGCUGGGCCAGUCAUCUGGAGACAGAAACGCUUUACGUGUCAAAAGUUUAACAAUGGGGGCAAAAGUCGCCUUUUCCUUUUCUUUCGUUCUUUUUUCUUCUUUUUUUUUUUCUUUUCCCUUUUUUUCCCCCCUUCACCAGAGCCUCUUCCCCCCCCCAGCGUGCUGCUCUCGGCAGCGCUCAGCCCGCUGCGUUCAUCUCCACGCAGGGAGCAGGGCGGGGGGGCAGAGCCAUUAGACAGACUUCAUCACAGUCCUCCAGCAAAGGGACUCAAACCACAUUCCUGAAGUUUGCAGUCGUGUUAAGGAAAGCAUGAAGGCAAUACGGGUGUGUUUUGAAAAGGAAAAGAACAAAACAAAACAACUCAGAGCCUCAAGCUGGUAUAAACUGGAGUAAUUCCAGUGGAGCAGAUCGCAGCCAGCUGAGGAGCUGACCCCACGUUUGAGACUGAGUGAAAAAGCUUGUUUUUGCUUCUUGAGCCUCAUCUGAACUAAACUUAAAAAAAAAAAAAAUAACAAAAAAAAAUAAAGAUACAGAAAUUAUAAAGUGCCAUGCUACUGCAAGUCAACUGAGAAAUGCUUCUGGCUGGACAUCCUGCACGUAUUGUGAUUGUCGUUGAGAUGUUACAUUGCUACCUGCAACCGAUACUUUCGCAACGAAACAAAAAAAAAAGAAAACGGAAAUGUUAAAAGUUACUAUGCAGAUUAUUCAGGUAUAAUCUAAUGUAACAGAAAAAAAUACAAGGGAACCCUUGAAAUCUCUCCUUAAAUGUAGAUGAUUUUUAAAAUUAAUUAAAACAUGUACAUAUAUAAUA